UAUAUAGAUUCAUCCGACUUUUAUAAUAGUUUUUUAUUUGAAACUUUGUCGAUUGUGAUAUUUAGUUGUAGAUUUAUAAAUUUACAAUCUUCAUACAAGGACUGUGAUAUGAAUCAUCUGUGAGCUACAACUUAUAAUGUAUGCAUAAAGAAAACAGGAAUUAAUAAGUAACAAAGUUCACACAGACACUAAAAUCAUGACUAAGGACAGUAAAGCAUUGCUGAAGGAAGCUAAGAAAUUAUUGACUGAAAAAGAAUACCUAAUUGCUAUUAAAAUUUGUAAGAAAGUAUUAAAAGAUGAUAAGUAUAAUUAUACCGCUUUGGUUUUAAUGGGAGCUUCAUUGCUAGAAGUUGAUGAUUUACAAAUCCAAGUUCCAACUACAUUAAAAAAAGCUGUUGACAUUCAACCUGACAAUCCUCUAGCUUGGCAUGGAUUAAUGACAUAUUAUGAAAGGCAGCCACCUUCUACUGAAAUAUGGUCUGAAUUAGUCUCUGUAUAUAAAAAGCUUCUACAACUAGAGAGUGAUUUAAAGAAAAUGUCACAUUACUUAAAGAAUAUUUCAGAAAUUAUACUGAAAUUAACUAAUGAUGAAGUUUUAUCAGAUACUGUUAACAAACUUUGUAAGUUGAAAGAUCAAAAAGGUAGGGAACCAGAGGCUAUAAAAGCUAUCAAUGAAACUAUAGUAUCAGUACUGAUUCACUAUCCAAAGUUAACUAAUGAUUACGAUGAAAUCUUGGAACAAGUGUUGAUAACUAUUAUUGAGGAUGAAAAUUCAGUCAAUAGGCAUGAGUAUUAUAAAAGAUAUUUGAGGCUAUUGUAUAAAUUAGAAAAGUAUAAUAAACUUCUAUCUGAAGCCAUAAAAAUGCACGAAAUAUUCAGUCAAGAUAUUUAUCCUUUGGAAUGGAUUUGCAAAGUGUAUUCAGAGUUAAGCAUAACUGACAUUGCUUUUGAUAAAAUUGACAUUGUCAUUUAUUAUGAGACUUUAUUGGAUCAUGAAUCAGAAUCUGUUCUUGGAUAUUUUGCCCAAUCAGUGUAUUUAUACAAAACAGACAAUCUAAUUGAUGCAAGAAAUAUUCUUAGUAAAUUAGUUAGUGUCAAACCAAAAUGGUUUCAUGCUUGGUAUCUGUUGAGUAUAGUUGAUGUCAAACUCUACUGUUGGGAAGAUGCUGAAUGUGCUGCACAACAUGCUCAAAAAAUUAUACCUGAAGGUGAUCCACACAAGUUACUUGGCAGGAUUAAUCUUAUUUUAUUGGAAGCUCUUGUGAAGAGUCCAAGCAAACUCAAAUGGAAAAGAGCUGAAGCAUUAUUUGAUAAUUUAUCUGAUAAUUCUUCAAAAAGUGCAGUUCUACGUGCUCAUCUAGCUGUUCAGCUUAGAGAUCCUCAAGCUAAUCAUUUAAUAAAUAAUUUGAAAAAUGAUUCAGAACUUGAAAUUCAAGCUAUUAUACUUCAUGCUACGGACUUACUGUUGAAUAAACACUUGGAAGAAGCUGCUUAUGUUGUGAGACCUACAUCUAAACAUACAUCUGAAGCUUGGCUAACUUUGGGUAAAAUACAUUGGGAAAUGGCUGAUUAUGGUCACAGUCUAUUGGCUUUCAUAAGAGGCUUAGAGGCUGAUGGAAAUAACUGGGAAUGUCUGCUUUACUUGGGGAAGUAUUAUCAAAAUCAAACACAAGAAUACGAAAAAUCUAAAAAAUCUUAUUUAAAAGCUUUACAAAUUAAUCCUAACUCUGACCAAGCUGGAAUUGGAUUAAGUUUAGUGUAUCGACUUACAAAAAAUAUAGAAGCUAAUAUAAAAUUUUUGAAUGAUUUAACAAGUCAAAGUAGAGGACCUAAGUGGGCAUUUCUUCAAUUAGGAUUGCAGCAUCUUGAUAAUGAUAAUAUAUCAGAAGCUAUUUCAAUUCUCAGAAAUGCUACCAAAAUUGAUCCAAAUGACAGUAAUUGUUGGGAAUGUCUUGCUGAUGCAUAUUUAAAACGAGGGGCUUAUUUAUCAGCUGAAAAAUCAUAUGCACGAGCUGUAGAAUUAAAUCCAGAAUCAUUCUAUUCUAUGACUCAAAUUGCCAAUAUCAAGUUGAUGAUCGGUCAGUAUGCUUCGGCAAAAACUGAUUACAUAAGUAUUUUGGAAAAGAGUAAAGAUAACGUUGCUGUAUUCAAAGGUUUGGCUGAGUGUUGUUUCAAACUCGGUAAAGAUCAUGCCAACCAACAAUUAUUAGCUCGUGCAAGAGACGAUUUCCAAGAGGCUGUAGAUUUUUCGACAAAAGCUUUGAUACAAAAGAGUAAUUUCUUAAGUAACUGGAAACUUUUAGGUGAUAUUUGUUUCACUAGUUCUCUGCUACCAGAGAAAUAUUGCUUUUUAAAAGUAAUUUCAGAUUUAAUUCAAUCUGACGUGAAAGAAAAUUAUGUAAUAUUAACUAAAAAAGACAUUUUGCUAUUAUCAUCAAGAUGUUUCUGCAAAGCUUUGAGCAUAUCAAAAAAUUCUUCUCUCUUGUGGCAUGACUUAGCUCGUUGCUACUUAGCUCAGGCAUAUUUGAAUAUUUCAGAAAAUUACAAAGACACUUUAAACAAAAGUUUAGUAGCAGCAAAACAAGCGGUGAAGCUCAACCCAUCUUCUCCGUUUCAUUGGAAUUUGUUAGGAGUUAUCUGUAUGUCAAACGAGAUAAAAAACUACGCCUUGGCUCAACACAGCUUUGCUAUGGCAAUUGAAAAAGAAUCUAAUAAUGCUGUAGCAUGGACAAAUCUUGGAACUUUGUAUUAUCUCUUAGAUGAUCCUUACCGAGCUAAUGAAGCUUUUUCCUGGGCUCAAAAGGGAGAUCCAGCUUAUGUGAAUUGUUGGAUUGGUCAAGCUUUUAUUGCCGAAAAUUUUUCACAAAAAGAUGCAAUGGAUUUAUUCCGUCACGCAGCUCAACUCUCUUACCAUCACGAAGCAGCCACUGGUUAUGCUCAUUGGGUACUCAAAACUGUUAUGGAUUCAGAGGCAAAGAAAGAUUUACUUUACGACUAUAUUAUUGAAAAAAUGCAUGCUGUCAUAGUUGCUUCUGAUAGUAUGAGUCAUUACACAGCUCAUGUCCCGACAAAUUCGCACGCGUUAAACUCAUACGGAUUACUGCUGGAAAGACAAAAGCUUUACAAAUCUGCUGCAGAAAUGUUUAGUAAUGCAUUGAAAUACCUGGAGGACGAUAAGCACAAAGAUGAAAUAAGUGUAAAUUUAGCACGUGUAAUGGUACAACAGGAAAAGUACGAAGAUGCUGUAAAAAUAUGUCUGGGAAUAAAAGAAGCAAAUUUUGCCUCUCAUUGUCAAUUGGCUUUAUCGCUCUUCAAAGCUGAACAUUUUAAAGAAUCUUACGAGGCAUAUGAAGCGGCAUUACACUGGUUAGCUGACGCUCCUUCAGAUAAAGCUCAUGUACUUUGUGCAAUGGCUGCAAUGGCUUAUAUGUUUCAAGAAAGUAACGAUGCUAAAACUCUUCUUUACCAAUCAAUUGAUAUCAAACCACCAAUUGUUUCUGGUUUAUUGGCACUGGCUGCUUUGGGUAUGCUUGAUGGAGACAAAAAUUUAACGCAUCUUGUAUUAAAAGAAUUGAAAUUGUACGACAAUCUAUCAGAGUAUAGAUAUCAUAUUGCCAAACUGACGGCUUAUUCAUACUUAAUACAAAAUGAUAUGGAAGGUGCCUCUAGAGUAUUAUGUAAAAAUAUUCAUCGUUACCCAGAUUCUUCAGAACUUUGGACUAAUUUGGCUAAAAUAUUAUUAACAAUGAGUGAUAUUAAUCCAUUCUACAAAUGUGUAGACAAAGCACUUUUCUUAGGAAAUGAUUCAUCAAAUAAAAAUAUUGCAAAAAUUAAGUGCAUGUCAUCAUUGAGCAAACUUAUUACAUUGAAUCCAGAAGAAGGUUUACGAUCUGUUUUGAAUACUGUACAUUCUUUCCCUGCUAAUGUUGACAGUUGGUCAAUUCUAAUCACUAGUCUUAUGCCAAGAUGGAGUAAAAUUUCUCAACUGAAUGCUCACUGGUUAAUGGUUCUGGCUUCAAGAGUACGAAAUACUCUUAUAUGUACAAGAAACAUGGAACAAUGGCUUUUAAAGAAUGAGAAACUUGCCAAUGAUAUCGCAUAUUGCUAAUAUUACUUACAUAAUG